AUGGGUGCUUUUCCUCCCCCGCCCGUGAACACCGUUGACUGGAGCAAUGUAGGCUUCAAGGUCCGCGAGGUCAAUGGCCACAUCGAAGCCACGUACUCCAAAACGACGGGCAAAUGGUCGCCCCUCCGCUUCGUGGCCGACCCCUUCAUGCGCAUCCACGGCAUGGCGCCGGCCCUCAACUACGGCCAGCAAGCCUACGAGGGCCUCAAGGCCUUCCGCACGCCCGGCGACGAAGCCAUCACCGUCUUCCGCCCAGACCGAAACGCCGCGCGCCUCCAGCACUCAGCCGAAGUAGCGUCCAUGCCCGAGGUCCCCGUCGACGUCUUCCUGCAGGCGGUUCGCUCCGCCGUGGCCCUCAACGCCGGGUUCGUGCCUCCCCAUGAGACGGGGGCUGCGCUGUACAUUCGCCCCCAGCUGUACGGAUCGAGCGCGCAGUUGGGGCUGGAUCCGCCAGAGGAGUACACCUUUUGCGUCUUUGUCAUCCCCACGGGCGUAUACCACGGCACGCACCCGGUCAAGGCCCUCAUCCUGGACGAGUUUGACCGCACGGCGCCCAACGGCACCGGCCACGCCAAGGUCGGCGGCAACUAUGCGCCCGUCCUGAAAUGGAGCGGCAAGGCGAAGCGGGAGGGCUUCGGCAUCACGCUGCACCUCGACAGCGCCAAGCACGAGGAGAUUGACGAGUUCAGCACCUCGGGCUUCAUCGGCGCCGUGGCCAAUUCGGACGACGACGUGACCCUCGUGGUCCCCGACUCCAAGUGCGUCAUUGACAGCGUCACCAGCGACAGCGUCCAGCAGAUUGCCAGGAGCUGGGGGUGGAAGGUGGAAAAGCGAUCCGUCAAGUACGCCGAGCUCCCGCGCUUCAGCGAGGUCUUUGCCGCAGGAACGGCCGCCGCGCUGGUGCCCAUCAGGAGCAUCACGCGCCGCAAGGGCCCCGUCAGCGGCUCUCUGCCCGCCGGGCCGCGGGUCAGCUCGACGGCGGACGCGGACGUGGUGACGUAUAUCCCCGACGAGCAGGCCGACGCAGGUCCCAUCUGCUUGAAGCUCCUGACGCAUCUGCAGGCGAUUCAGCUGGGCAAGGCGAAGGACGAGUUUGGCUGGCGGUGUAUAGUCGGCGACAAGGAUCUGGACGUGCAGGGCGCAGUGAAGGAGGCGACCGGAACAGCGACGCCGCAGACGGUUGAUCAGAUGGACUAG